AUGAGCCCGGCAGUUUUGCGUCGCCCGGCCUUAUCAAUUAGACCUCGACGGUUAGGGAGAUCUCCAUGGAGAGGGCCCGCCCUCACUGCGCCAUUUCAGCAGCAAUGGCGUUGUCAAAGCGGCUAUAACCACUUCGUCGACACAGCUCAGCCGAUCUCGCCACCGCUUGUAGAUCAUGAGAAACCAUUCACGCUCGCGGUAAAAGACAACAUUGCGACGGCUGGGCUCCCGACACAAUGCGCCUCUCGAAUUCUCUCCGCACACCCCUCGCCGUUCGAAGCCACCAUCGUGAAACAGCUCCGGGCUAGAGGAGCUUCGGUCGUUGGCAAGACGAAUAUGGAUGAGUUCGGUAUGGGAUCACACUCGGUCAAUUCCGCCCACGGACCUGUGCGCAAUCCUCUGUCGAACGAUCUUUCCGCCGGAGGGAGUUCUGGAGGCAGCGCCGUGGCUGUUCGUCUAGGUGAUGCAGAUCUCGCCCUUGGAACGGAUACCGGAGGGUCAAUCAGGCUUCCAGCGGCUUAUACGGGCAUUGUGGGAUACAAGCCUAGCUACGGCAUGCUGUCUCGGUUCGGAGUCGUCCCAUAUGCGAACUCCCUGGACACUGUCGGGCUACUUGCUAAGAAGGUCCAACCUAUGCGGUCGCUCAUAUUCGAUACGGGGUUGAGCAAAGAGCAUGACCUCAACGACCCGACUUCAUUAUCACCUUCUACGAGAAAGCGGUGCGAGCAAGCAAUGCCCGCAAGCCUGCCUGAUUUUCCUCGUAUCACCGUGGGCAUCCCUCAAGAGUACAACAUUGCCGAACUAGAUCCCAUUAUUCGAGAGUCUUGGGAGGUUGCAAUUUCUCUUCUUGAAGAACAAGGUGUGAGGGUUGUCCCCGUAUCGCUGCCUUCCACCAAAGAGGCGCUCUGCGCUUACUAUGUCCUGGCCCCGGCCGAGGCAUCUUCAAACCUCGCCAAAUACGACGGCGUGCGUUAUGGCGUACGCAACGAAGGUCCAGACGCCGUUGGAGAAACUCUCUAUACCGAAACCCGGGGGGGCGGCUUUGGCGAGGAGGUCAAGCGUCGUAUCCUCCUCGGAACUUACAGCCUCAGCUCCGAGGCGAUUGAUAACUAUUUCAUUCAGGCACAGAAAGUUCGCCGUCUCAUUCAACGCGAUUUCGACCGCGUCUUCAAGCUGGAAAACCCACUGCACGAGCCCGUGCAGUUUGAUCUGAGCGAUAUGGCGGAGACGACGGAUCUAGAAGACAAGCAGGGCCCCGUCCAGGUUGACUUCAUCCUGUGUCCUACGGCACCUACCUUUCCUCCAAAGUUGAGCGAGGUGAAGAAUCAAAGCAGUGUUGACACAUAUAUGAACGAUGUUUUCACAGUACCGGCGAGUUUGGCUGGUCUGCCCGCAGUGAGCGUCCCAUCCAAGACGAGCGGCAAGGAUUUGCCGUCGGGGUUACAGCUCAUUGGGCAAUAUUGGGACGACAAGAGACUGCUAGCUAUGGCAGAGAAGUUGGAGGCGCUUGUUGCCCCUUAG